AAAAAAAAGGCUGCUGGGUAGGGGGAGCGACUGACUGCGGCAGGAGCCGCCUGGACCCAGUGCGGCUGCGGGACAGUCACGCUGGGAACUGCUGAUGGCACUGGAGGAAAACAAAGGCCGAGAGACCCUGAUGCCCACAGCCCCCAGAUCACAGAAGUGAGGCCAAGAUGCCCGUGUCACCAGAGCCAGAAGAAAGGCUCCUACCAAAGCAUAUUUUACAUCUGCUGAGAUGAGGGUGAGAAACAAAAUCCAAGAAUUUCUGCAACGUUUUCCCCAAGAACCUUCAAAAAGAAAUACAGAAAAUUCUCAGAUGAAAAUAAAUUGAUUUUUCUUUGGGGGAAAGCCAAAAACCUUUAGCGAAUCCACACUGUUUUAUCCUGAGAACUUCCGUGGGUCGCUGGAUCAGCAGGCAACCAUUAUCAGACUGGAGAGUCAUACUUUAAGGAACACAAAUGCAACACACGACAAUGUUUCCUGACAUCAGAUGAUGAAUGGACACUGAAGGGAAAAACAGGCUUUUUUUCCACCUGGCAGGAAGAGCUGAACUUGGAGUACACAUUUAAAGGAAGCACAGAGGGAAGACUUAAACAGAAGAAAGAAGCAUACUUGCAUGGUUUUCACAAACAAAUAUCCCAGGAGAAGUGAUCAUGGAGACCAAGGAGAACAGGUGGGUCCCGGUGACCGUGCUCCCCGGCUGCGUGGGCUGCAGGACCGUCGCGGCGCUGGCGUCCUGGACCGUGCGCGAUGUGAAGGAACGUAUCUUCGCGGAGACUGGCUUCCCGGUGUCGGAGCAGCGGCUGUGGCGCGGCGGCCGCGAGUUAUCUGACUGGAUCAAGAUUGGAGAUCUGACUUCCAAAAAUUGUCAUCUUUUUGUAAACCUUCAAUCAAAAGGCUUAAAAGGGGGAGGUCGAUUUGGUCAGACAACGCCACCACUUGUUGAUUUUCUCAAGGACAUUUUGAGAAGAUAUCCAGAAGGAGGACAGAUUCUUAAGGAAUUAAUUCAGAAUGCAGAAGAUGCUGGGGCGACAGAAGUUAAAUUUUUAUAUGAUGAAACUCAAUACGGAACAGAGACUCUUUGGUCAAAAGAUAUGGCGCCAUAUCAGGGGCCAGCUCUCUAUGUGUACAACAACGCGGUUUUCACCCCAGAGGACUGGCACGGCAUUCAAGAAAUAGCAAGAAGCAGGAAAAAGGAUGAUCCUCUGAAGGUCGGAAGAUUUGGAAUUGGGUUUAAUUCUGUCUAUCAUAUAACAGAUGUUCCUUGUAUCUUUAGUGGUGACCAAAUCGGGAUGCUAGAUCCUCAUCAAACACUUUUUGGCCCACAUGAAUCAGGCCAAUGUUGGAAUCUCAAAGAUGACAGCAAAGAAAUUAGUGAACUUUCAGACCAGUUUGCACCAUUUGUUGGCAUUUUUGGAAGCACCAAGGAAACAUUUAUAAACGGCAAUUUUCCAGGAACAUUUUUCCGUUUCCCUCUUCGCCUACAACCUUCACAACUUAGUAGUAACCUCUACAAUAAGCAGAAGGUUCUUGAGUUGUUUGAGUCUUUUAGGGCAGAUGCAGACACAGUGCUGCUCUUUCUGAAAAGUGUGCAGGAUGUUUCCUUAUAUGUCCGAGAGGCUGACGGAACAGAGAAACUGGUGUUUAGAGUGACUUCGAGUGAGAGUAAGGCACUGAAACAUGAGCGGCCGAAUUCUAUAAAGAUUCUGGGAACUGCUAUAAGUAACUAUUGUAAAAAGACUCCAAGCAAUAACAUCACCUGUGUAACAUAUCACGUAAAUAUUGUUUUAGAAGAGGAGAGUACUAAGGAUGCACAGAAAACAUCUUGGUUGGUGUGUAACAGUGUGGGUGGGCGAGGGAUCAGUAGUAAGCUUGACUCUUUAGCUGAUGAACUGAAAUUUGUCCCAAUCAUUGGAAUAGCCAUGCCUUUAUCAAGCAGAGAUGAUGAAGCAAAAGGAGCAACGUCUGAUUUCUCAGGAAAAGCAUUUUGUUUCCUUCCUUUACCACCUGGUGAGGAAAGCAGCACAGGCCUCCCAGUUCACAUCAGUGGGUUCUUUGGCCUUACUGAUAACCGCAGGAGCAUAAAAUGGAGAGAGCUGGACCAGUGGAGAGACCCGGCAGCCUUAUGGAAUGAGUUUCUUGUCAUGAAUGUUGUCCCCAAAGCUUAUGCUACUCUGAUCUUAGAUUCAAUAAAACGUCUGGAGAUGGAAAAGAGCUCUGAUUUCCCCUUGUCAGUUGAUGUUAUCUAUAAGCUUUGGCCGGAGGCGAGCAAAGUCAAGGUGCACUGGCAACCGGUGUUAGAGCCUCUAUUCAGCGAGCUGUUGCAGAAUGCAGUGAUUUAUUCAAUUAGCUGUGACUGGGUCAGGUUGGAGCAGGUAUACUUCUCAGAACUUGAUGAAAAUUUAGAAUAUACAAAAACUGUGCUCAACUACCUCCAGAGCUCAGGGAAGCAGAUUGCCAAGGUACCAGGGAAUGUGGAUGCUGCUGUUCAGCUCACAGCUGCCUCUGGCACAACACCUGUGAGGAAGGUGACGCCCGCGUGGGUGCGGCAGGUGCUGCGGAAGUGUGCACACCUGGGCUGUGCUGAAGAAAAGCUUCACCUUCUAGAAUUUGUGCUUUCUGACCAAGCCUACAGUGAGCUGCUUGGGCUGGAGCUGCUCCCUUUACAAAAUGGCAAUUUUGUCCCCUUCUCCUCAUCUGUAUCAGACCAAGAUGUCAUUUAUAUUACCUCAGCAGAAUAUCCAAGGUCCCUUUUCCCAAGUCUUGAAGGAAGAUUUAUUUUGGAUAACUUGAAACCUCACCUUGUGGCUGCUUUAAAGGAAGCUGCCCAAACCCGAGCACAACAACUUCUCUGGGGAUAUUCAGGAAGACCAUGUACUCAGCUGCAGCUUCUAAAUCCAGAACGAUUUGCACGUCUUAUCAAGGAAGUAAUGAAUACAUUCUGGCCUGGCAGAGAAUUGAUUGUUCAAUGGUAUCCAUUUGAUGAAGACAGAAAUCACCCAUCUGUUUCAUGGCUUAAGAUGGUUUGGAAAAAUCUUUAUAUACAUUUUUCAGAGGAUUUGACUUUAUUUGAUGAGAUGCCACUUAUCCCCAGAACUAUACUAGAGGAAGGUCAGACAUGUGUGGAACUCAUUAGACUCAGGAUUCCAUCGUUAGUCAUUUUAGACGAUGAAUCUGAAGCACAGCUUCCAGAAUUUUUAGCAGACAUUGUACAAAAACUUGGAGGGUUUGUCCUUAAAAAAUUAGAUGCAUCUAUACAACAUCCGCUUAUUAAAAAAUAUAUUCAUUCACCAUUACCAAGUGCUGUUUUGCAGAUAAUGGAGAAGAUGCCAUUGCAGAAAUUGUGUAAUCAAAUAACUUCGCUACUUCCAACACACAAAGAUGCCCUGAGGAAGUUCUUGGCUAGUUUAACCGAUAGCAGUGAGAAAGAGAAAAGAAUUAUUCAAGAAUUGGCAAUAUUCAAGCGCAUUAACCAUUCUUCUGAUCAGGGAAUUUCCUCUUAUACAAAAUUGAAAGGUUGUAAAGUCUUACACCAUACUGCCAAACUCCCAGCAGAUCUGCGACUUUCUAUUUCAGUAAUAGACAGUAGUGAUGAAGCUACUAUUCGUCUGGCAAACAUGUUGAAAAUAGAACAGUUAAAGACCACUAGCUGCUUAAAGCUUGUUUUAAAAGAUAUUGAAAAUGCAUUUUAUUCACAUGAAGAGGUAACACAGCUUAUGUUAUGGGUCCUUGAGAAUCUAUCUUCUCUUAAAAAUGAGAAUCCAAAUGUGCUUGAGUGGUUAACACCAUUAAAAUUCAUCCAGAUAUCACAGGAACAGAUGGUAUCAGCUGGUGAACUCUUUGACCCUGAUAUAGAAGUACUAAAGGAUCUCUUUUGUAAUGAAGAAGGAACCUAUUUCCCACCCUCAGUUUUUACCUCACCAGAUAUUCUUCACUCCUUAAGACAGAUUGGUUUAAAAAACGAAGCCAGUCUCAAAGAAAAGGAUGUUGUGCAAGUGGCAAAAAAAAUUGAAGCCUUACAGGUCGGUGCUUGUCCUGAUCAAGAUGUUCUUCUGAAGAAAGCCAAAACCCUCUUACUGGUUUUAAAUAAGAAUCACACACUGUUGCAAUCAUCUGAAGGAAAGAUGACAUUGAAGAAAAUAAAAUGGGUUCCAGCCUGCAAGGAAAGGCCUCCGAAUUAUCCAGGCUCUUUGGUCUGGAAAGGAGAUCUCUGUAAUCUCUGUGCACCACCAGAUAUGUGUGAUGUAGGCCAUGCAAUUCUCAUUGGCUCCUCACUUCCUCUUGUUGAAAGUAUCCAUGUAAACCUGGAAAAAGCAUUAGGCAUCUUCACAAAACCUAGCAUUAGUGCUGUCUUAAAACACUUUAAAAUUGUUGUUGAUUGGUAUUCUUCAAAAACCUUUAGUGAUGAAGACUACUAUCAAUUCCAGCAUAUUUUGCUUGAAAUUUACGGAUUCAUGCAUGAUCAUCUAAAUGAAGGGAAAGAUUCUUUUAGAGCCUUAAAAUUUCCAUGGGUUUGGACUGGCAAAAAGUUUUGUCCACUUACCCAGGCUGUGAUUAAACCAAUCCAUGAUCUUGACCUUCAGCCUUAUUUGCAUAAUGUACCUAAAACCAUGGCAAAAUUCCACCAACUAUUUAAGGUCUGUGGUUCAAUAGAGGAGUUGACAUCAGAUCAUAUUUCCAUGGUUAUUCAGAAGAUAUAUCUCAAAAGUGACCAAGAUCUCAGUGAACAAGAAAGCAAACAAAAUCUUCAUCUUAUGUUGAAUAUUAUCAGAUGGCUGUAUAGCAAUCAGAUUCCAGCAAGCCCCAACACACCAGUUCCUAUACAUCAUAGCAAAAAUCCUUCUAAACUUAUCAUGAAGCCAAUUCACGAAUGCUGUUAUUGUGACAUUAAAGUUGAUGACCUUAAUGACUUACUUGAAGAUUCUGUGGAACCAAUCAUUUUGGUGCAUGAGGACAUACCCAUGAAAACUGCAGAAUGGCUAAAAGUUCCAUGCCUUAGUACAAGACUGAUAAAUCCUGAAAACAUGGGAUUUGAGCAGUCAGGACAAAGAGAGCCACUUACUGUAAGAAUUAAAAAUAUUCUGGAAGAAUACCCUUCAGUGUCAGAUAUUUUUAAAGAACUACUUCAAAACGCUGAUGAUGCAAAUGCAACAGAAUGCAGUUUCUUGAUUGAUAUGAGAAGAAAUAUGGACAUAAGAGAGAAUCUCCUAGACCCAGGGAUGGCAGCUUGUCAUGGACCUGCUUUGUGGUCAUUCAACAAUUCUCAAUUCUCAGAUUCAGAUUUUGUGAACAUAACUAGGUUAGGAGAAUCUUUAAAAAGGGGAGAAGUUGACAAAGUUGGAAAAUUUGGUCUUGGAUUUAAUUCUGUGUACCAUAUCACUGACAUUCCCAUCAUUAUGAGUCGGGAAUUCAUGAUAAUGUUUGAUCCAAACAUAAAUCAUAUCAGUAAACACAUUAAAGACAAAUCCAAUCCUGGGAUCAAAAUUAAUUGGAGUAAACAACAGAAAAGACUUAGAAAAUUUCCUAAUCAGUUCAAACCAUUUAUAGAUGUAUUUGGCUGUCAGUUACCUUUGACUGUAGAAGCACCUUACAGCUAUAAUGGAACUCUUUUCCGACUGUCCUUUAGAACUCAACAGGAAGCAAAAGUGAGUGAAGUUAGUAGUACCUGCUACAAUACAGCAGAUAUUUAUUCUCUUGUGGAUGAAUUUAGUCUCUGUGGACACAGGCUUAUCAUUUUCACUCAGAGUGUAAAGUCAAUGUAUUUGAAGUACUUGAAAAUUGAGGAAACCAACCCCAGUUUAGCACAAGAUACAGUAAUAAUUAAAAAAAAAUCCUGUUCUUCCAAAGCAUUGAACACACCUGUCUUAAGUGUUUUAAAAGAGGCUGCUAAGCUCAUGAAGACUUGCAGCAGCAGUAAUAAAAAGCUUCCCAGUGAUGAACCAAAGUCAUCUUGCAUUCUUCAGAUCACAGUGGAAGAAUUUCACCAUGUGUUCAGAAGGAUUGCUGAUUUACAGUCGCCACUUUUUAGAGGUCCAGAUGAUGACCCAGCUGCUCUCUUUGAAAUGGCUAAGUUUGGCCAAUCAAAAAAGCCAUCAGAUGAGUUGUCACAGAAAACAGUAGAGUGUACCACGUGGCUUCUGUGUACUUGCAUGGACACAGGAGAGGCUCUGAAGUUUUCCCUGAGUGAGAGUGGAAGAAGACUAGGACUGGUUCCAUGUGGGGCAGUAGGAGUUCAGCUGUCAGAAAUCCAGGACCAGAAGUGGACAGUGAAACCACACACUGGAGAGGUGUUUUGCUAUUUACCUUUACGAAUAAAAACAGGCUUGCCAGUUCAUAUCAAUGGGUGCUUUGCUGUUACAUCAAAUAGGAAAGAAAUCUGGAAAACAGAUACAAAAGGACGAUGGAAUACCACGUUCAUGAGACAUGUUAUUGUGAAAGCUUACUUACAGGCACUGAGUGUCUUACGGGACCUGGCCACUAGUGGGGAGCUAAUGGAUUAUACUUACUAUGCAGUAUGGCCCGAUCCUGAUUUAGUUCAUGAUGAUUUUUCUGUAAUUUGCCAAGGAUUUUAUGAAGAUAUAGCUCAUGGAAAAGGGAAAGAACUGACCAAAGUCUUCUCUGAUGGAUCUACUUGGGUUUCCAUGAAGAACGUAAGAUUUCUAGAUGACUCUAUACUUAAAAGAAGAGAUGUUGGUUCAGCAGCCUUCAAGAUAUUUUUGAAAUACCUCAAGAAGACUGGGUCCAAAAACCUUUGUGCUGUUGAACUUCCUUCUUCGGUAAAAUUAGGAUUUGAAGAAGCUGGCUGCAAACAGAUACUACUUGAAAACACAUUUUCAGAGAAACAGUUUUUUUCUGAAGUGUUUUUUCCAAAUAUUCAAGAAAUUGAAGCAGAACUUAGAGAUCCUUUAAUGAUCUUUGUUCUAAAUGAAAAAGUUGAUGAGUUCUCGGGAAUUCUUCGUGUUACUCCAUGUAUUCCUUGUUCCUUGGAGGGGCAUCCUUUGGUUUUGCCAUCAAGAUUGAUCCACCCCGAAGGACGAGUUGCAAAGUUAUUUGAUAUUAAAGAUGGAAGAUUCCCUUAUGGUUCUACUCAGGAUUAUCUCAAUCCUAUUAUUUUGAUUAAACUAGUUCAGUUAGGUAUGGCAAAAGAUGAUAUUUUAUGGGAUGACAUGCUAGAACGUGCAGUGUCAGUAGCUGAAAUUAAUAAAAGUGAUCAUGUUGCUGCAUGCCUAAGAAGUAGUAUCUUAUUGAGUCUUAUUGAUGAGAAACUAAAAAUAAGGGAUCCUAGAGCAAAGGAUUUUGCUGCAAAAUAUCAAACAAUCCCCUUCCUUCCAUUUCUGACAAAACCAGCAGGUUUUUCUUUGGACUGGAAAGGCAACAGUUUUAAGCCUGAAACCAUGUUUGCAGCAACUGACCUUUAUACAGCUGAACAUCAAGAUAUAGUUUGUCUUUUGCAACCAAUUCUAAAUGAAAAUUCCCAUUCUUUUAGAGGUUGUGGUUCAGUGUCAUUGGCUGUUAAAGAGUUUUUGGGAUUACUCAAGAAGCCAACAGUUGAUCUGGUUAUAAACCAAUUGAAAGAAGUAGCAAAAUCAGUUGAUGAUGGAAUUACACUGUACCAGGAGAAUAUCACCAAUGCUUGCUACAAAUACCUUCAUGAAGCCUUGAUGCAAAAUGAAAUCACUAAGAUGUCAAUUAUUGAUAAGUUAAAACCCUUUAGCUUCAUUCUAGUUGAGAAUGCAUAUGUUGACUCAGAAAAGGUUUCUUUUCAUUUAAAUUUUGAGGCGGCACCAUACCUUUAUCAGUUGCCUAAUAAAUAUAAAAAUAAUUUCCGCGAACUUUUUGAAACCGUGGGUGUGAGGCAGUCAUUCACUGUUGAAGAUUUUGCUCUUGUUUUGGAAUCUAUUGAUCAAGAAAGAGGAACAAAGCAAAUAACAGAAGAGAAUUUUCAGCUUUGCCGACGAAUAAUCAGUGAAGGAAUAUGGAGUCUCAUUAGAGAAAAGAAACAAGAAUUUUGUGAGAAAAAUUAUGGCAAGAUAUUAUUGCCAGAUACUAAUCUUAUGCUUCUCCCUGCUAAAUCGUUAUGCUACAAUGAUUGCCCUUGGAUAAAAGUAAAGGAUACCACUGUAAAAUAUUGUCAUGCUGACAUACCCAGGGAAGUAGCAGUAAAACUAGGAGCAGUCCCAAAGCGACACAAAGCCUUAGAAAGAUAUGCAUCCAAUGUCUGUUUUACAACACUUGGCACAGAAUUUGGGCAGAAAGAAAAAUUGACCAGCAGAAUUAAGAGCAUCCUUAAUGCAUAUCCUUCUGAAAAGGAAAUGUUGAAAGAGCUUCUUCAAAAUGCUGAUGAUGCAAAGGCGACAGAAAUCUGUUUUGUGUUUGAUCCUAGACAGCAUCCAGUUGAUAGAAUAUUUGAUGAUAAGUGGGCCCCAUUGCAAGGGCCAGCACUUUGUGUGUACAACAACCAGCCAUUUACAGAAGAUGAUGUUAGAGGAAUUCAGAAUCUUGGAAAAGGCACGAAAGAGGGAAAUCCUUAUAAAACUGGACAGUAUGGAAUAGGAUUCAAUUCUGUGUAUCAUAUCACAGACUGCCCAUCUUUUAUUUCUGGCAAUGACAUCCUGUGUAUUUUUGAUCCUCAUGCCAGAUAUGCACCAGGGGCCACAUCCAUUAGUCCCGGACGCAUGUUUAGAGAUUUGGAUGCAGAUUUUAGGACACAGUUCUCAGAUGUUCUGGAUCUUUAUCUGGGAACCCAUUUUAAACUGGAUAAUUGCACAAUGUUCAGAUUUCCUCUUCGUAAUUCAGAAAUGGCAAAAGUUUCGGAAAUUUCGUCCGUUCCAGCAUCAGACAGAAUGGUCCAGAAUCUUUUGGACAAACUGCGCUCAGAUGGGGCAGAACUUCUAAUGUUUCUUAAUCACAUGGAAAAAAUUUCUAUUUGUGAAAUAGAUAAGAGUACUGGAGCUCUAAAUGUGCUGUAUUCAGUAAAGGGCAAAAUCACAGAUGGAGACAGAUUGAAAAGGAAACAAUUUCAUGCAUCUGUAAUUGAUAGUGUUACUAAAAAGAGGCAGCUCAAAGACAUACCAGUUCAACAAAUAACCUAUACUAUGGAUACUGAGGACUCUGAAGGAAAUCUUACUACGUGGCUAAUUUGUAAUAGAUCAGGCUUUUCAAGUAUGGAGAAAGUAUCUAAGAGUGUCAUAUCAGCUCACAAGAACCAAGAUAUUACUCUUUUCCCACGUGGUGGAGUAGCUGCCUGCAUUACUCACAACUAUAAAAAACCCCAUAGGGCCUUCUGUUUUUUGCCUCUUUCUUUGGAGACUGGGCUGCCAUUUCAUGUGAAUGGCCACUUUGCACUGGAUUCAGCCAGAAGGAACCUGUGGCGUGAUGAUAAUGGAGUUGGUGUUCGAAGUGACUGGAAUAACAGUUUAAUGACAGCAUUAAUAGCUCCUGCAUAUGUUGAAUUGCUAAUACAGUUAAAAAAACGGUAUUUCCCUGGUUCUGAUCCAACAUUAUCAGUGUUACAGAACACCCCUAUUCAUGUUGUAAAGGACACUUUAAAGAAAUUUUUAUCGUUUUUCCCAGUUAACCGUCUUGAUCUACAGCCAGAUUUAUAUUGUCUAGUGAAAGCACUUUACAAUUGCAUUCACGAAGACAUGAAACGUCUUUUACCUGUUGUGCGGGCUCCAAAUAUUGAUGGCUCUGACUUGCACUCUGCAGUUAUAAUUACUUGGAUCAAUAUGUCUACUUCAAAUAAAACUAGACCAUUUUUUGACAAUUUACUACAGGAUGAAUUACAACACCUUAAAAAUGCAGAUUAUAAUAUCACCACACGCAAAACAGUAGCAGAGAAUGUCUAUAGGCUGAAACAUCUCCUUUUAGAAAUUGGUUUCAACUUGGUUUAUAACUGUGAUGAAACUGCUAAUCUUUACCACUGUCUUAUAGAUGCAGAUAUUCCUGUUAGUUAUGUGACCCCUGCUGAUAUCAGAUCUUUUUUAAUGACAUUUUCCUCUCCUGACACUAAUUGCCAUAUUGGGAAGCUGCCUUGUCGUCUGCAGCAGACUAAUCUAAAACUUUUUCAUAGUUUAAAACUUUUAGUUGAUUAUUGUUUUAAAGAUGCAGAAGAAAAUGAGAUUGAAGUUGAGGGAUUGCCCCUUCUCAUCACACUGGACAGUGUUUUGCAAACUUUUGAUGCAAAACGACCCAAGUUUCUCACAACAUAUCAUGAAUUGAUUCCAUCCCGCAAAGACUUGUUUAUGAAUACAUUAUAUUUGAAAUAUAGUAAUAUUUUAUUGAACUGUAAAGUUGCAAAAGUGUUUGACAUUUCCAGCUUUGCUGAUUUGUUAUCCUCUGUGUUGCCUCGAGAAUAUAAGACCAAAAGUUGCACAAAGUGGAAAGACAAUUUUGCAAGUGAGUCUUGGCUUAAGAAUGCAUGGCAUUUUAUUAGUGAAUCUGUAAGUGUGAAAGAAGAUCAGGAAGAAACAAAACCAACAUUUGACAUUGUUGUUGAUACUCUAAAAGACUGGGCAUUGCUUCCAGGAACAAAGUUUACUGUUUCAGCCAACCAGCUUGUGGUUCCUGAAGGAGAUGUUCUGCUUCCUCUCAGCCUUAUGCACAUUGCAGUUUUUCCAAAUGCCCAGAGUGAUAAAGUUUUUCAUGCUCUAAUGAAAGCUGGCUGUAUUCAGCUUGCUUUGAACAAAAUCUGUUCCAAAGACAGUGCAUUUGUUCCUCUGUUGUCAUGUCACACAGCAAAUAUAGAGAGCCCCACAAGCAUCUUGAAGGCUCUACAUUAUAUGGUCCAAACUUCAACAUUUAGAGCAGAAAAAUUAGUAGAAAAUGAUUUUGAGGCACUUUUGAUGUAUUUCAACUGCAAUUUGAAUCAUUUGAUGUCCCAAGAUGAUAUAAAAAUUCUAAAGUCACUUCCGUGCUAUAAAUCCAUCAGUGGCCGCUAUGUGAGCAUUGGAAAAUUUGGAACAUGCUACGUACUUACAAAAAGUAUCCCUUCAGCUGAAGUGGAGAAAUGGACACAAUCAUCAUCAUGUGCAUUUCUUGAAGAAAAAAUACACUUAAAAGAACUAUAUGAGGUGAUUGGUUGUGUACCUGUAGAUGAUCUUGAGGUAUAUUUGAAACACCUCUUACCAAAAAUUGAAAAUCUCUCUUAUGAUGCAAAAUUAGAGCACUUGAUCUACCUUAAGAAUAGAUUAUCAAGUGCUGAGGAAUUAUCAGAGAUUAAGGAACAACUUUUUGAAAAACUGGAAAGUUUAUUGAUAAUCCAUGAUGCUAACAGUAGACUAAAGCAAGCAAAGCAUUUCUAUGAUAGAACUGUGAGAGUUUUUGAAGUUAUGCUUCCUGAAAAAUUGUUUAUUCCUAAUGAUUUCUUUAAGAAAUUGGAACAACUUAUAAAACCCAAAAAUCAUGUUACAUUUAUGACAUCCUGGGUGGAAUUCUUAAGAAAUAUUGGACUAAAAUACAUACUUUCUCAGCAGCAGUUGUUACAGUUUGCUAAGGAAAUCAGUGUGAGGGCUAAUACAGAAAACUGGUCCAAAGAAACAUUGCAAAAUACAGUUGAUAUCCUUCUGCAUCAUAUAUUCCAAGAACGAAUGGAUUUGUUAUCUGGAAAUUUUCUGAAAGAACUAUCUUUAAUACCAUUCUUAUGUCCUGAGCGGGCCCCCGCGGAAUUCAUUAGAUUUCAUCCUCAAUAUCAAGAGGUAAAUGGAACACUUCCUCUUAUAAAGUUCAAUGGAGCACAGGUAAAUCCAAAAUUCAAGCAAUGUGAUGUACUCCAGCUGUUAUGGACAUCCUGCCCUAUUCUUCCAGAGAAAGCUACACCUUUAAGCAUUAAAGAACAAGAAGGUAGUGACCUUGGUCCACAAGAACAGCUUGAACAAGUUUUAAAUAUGCUUAAUGUUAACCUGGAUCCUCCUCUUGAUAAGGUAAUCAAUAACUGCAGAAACAUAUGCAACAUAACGACUUUGGAUGAAGAAAUGGUAAAAACUAGAGCAAAAGUCUUAAGGAGCAUAUAUGAAUUCCUCAGUGCAGAAAAAAGGGAAUUUCGUUUUCAGUUGCGAGGGGUUGCUUUUGUGAUGGUAGAAGAUGGUUGGAAACUUCUGAAGCCUGAGGAGGUAGUCAUAAACCUAGAAUAUGAAUCUGAUUUUAAACCUUAUUUGUACAAGCUACCUUUAGAACUUGGCACAUUUCACCAGUUGUUCAAACACUUAGGUACUGAAGAUAUUAUUUCAACUAAGCAAUAUGUUGAAGUGUUGAGCCGCAUAUUUAAAAAUUCUGAGGGCAAACAAUUAGAUCCUAAUGAAAUGCGUACAGUUAAGAGAGUAGUUUCUGGUCUGUUCAGGAGUCUACAGAAUGAUUCAGUCAAGGUGAGGAGUGAUCUCGAGAAUGUACGAGACCUUGCGCUUUACCUCCCAAGCCAGGAUGGUAGAUUGGUAAAGUCAAGCAUCUUAGUGUUUGACGAUGCGCCACAUUAUAAAAGUAGAAUCCAGGGGAAUAUUGGUGUGCAAAUGUUAGUUGAUCUCAGCCAGUGCUACUUAGGGAAAGACCAUGGAUUUCACACUAAGUUGAUAAUGCUCUUUCCUCAAAAACUUAGACCUCGAUUAUUGAGCAGUAUACUUGAAGAACAAUUAGAUGAAGAGACUCCCAAAGUUUGUCAGUUUGGAGCGUUGUGUUCUCUUCAAGGAAGAUUGCAGUUACUCUUGUCUUCUGAACAGUUCAUUACAGGACUGAUUAGAAUUAUGAAGCAUGAAAAUGAUAAUGCUUUUCUGGCCAAUGAAGAAAAAGCCAUAAGACUUUGCAAAGCCCUAAGAGAAGGAUUGAAAGUAUCCUGCUUUGAAAAGCUUCAAACAACAUUAAGAGUUAAAGGUUUUAAUCCUAUUCCCCACAGCAGAAGUGAAACUUUUGCUUUUUUGAAGCGGUUUGGUAAUGCAGUCAUCUUGCUCUACAUUCAACAUUCAGACAGUAAAGACAUUAAUUUCCUGUUAGCAUUGGCAAUGACUCUUAAAUCAGCAACUGACAAUUUGAUUUCUGACACUUCAUAUUUAAUUGCUAUGCUAGGAUGCAAUGAUAUUUACAGGAUUGGUGAGAAACUUGACAGUUUAGGAGUGAAAUAUGACUCUUCGGAGCCAUCAAAACUGGAACUUCCAAUGCCUGGCACACCAAUUCCUGCUGAAAUUCAUUACACUCUGCUUAUGGACCCAAUGAAUGUUUUUUACCCGGGAGAAUAUGUUGGGUACCUUGUUGAUGCUGAAGGUGGUGAUAUCUAUGGAUCAUACCAGCCAACAUACACAUAUGCAAUUAUUGUACAAGAAGUUGAAAGAGAAGAUGCUGACAAUUCUAGUUUUCUAGGAAAGAUAUAUCAGAUAGAUAUUGGUUAUAGUGAAUAUAAAAUAGUUAGCUCUCUUGAUCUGUAUAAGUUUUCAAGACCUGAGGAAAGCUCUCAAAGCAGGGACAGUGCUCCUUCUACACCAACCAGCCCCACUGAGUUCCUCGCCCCUGGCCUGAGAAGCAUUCCUCCUCUUUUCUCUGGUAGAGAGAGCCACAAGACUUCUUCCAAACAUCAGUCCCCCAAAAAGCUUAAGGUUAAUUCUUUACCAGAAAUCUUAAAAGAAGUGACAUCUGUGGUGGAGCAAGCAUGGAAGCUUCCAGAAUCGGAACGAAAAAAGAUUAUUAGGCGGUUGUAUUUGAAAUGGCAUCCUGACAAAAAUCCAGAGAACCAUGACAUUGCCAAUGAAGUUUUUAAACAUUUGCAGAAUGAAAUCAACAGAUUAGAAAAACAGGCUUUUCUAGAUCAAAAUGCAGACAGGGCCUCCAGACGAACAUUUUCAACCUCAGCAUCCCGAUUUCAGUCAGACAAAUACUCAUUUCAGAGAUUCUAUACUUCAUGGAAUCAAGAAGCAACGAGCCAUAAAUCUGAAAGACAGCAACAGAACAAAGAAAAAUGCCCCCCUUCAGCCGGACAGACUUACUCUCAAAGGUUCUUUGUUCCUCCCACUUUCAAGUCGGUUGGCAAUCCAGUGGAAGCACGCAGAUGGCUAAGACAAGCCAGAGCAAACUUCUCAGCUGCCAGGAAUGACCUUCAUAAAAAUGCCAAUGAGUGGGUGUGCUUUAAAUGUUACCUUUCUACCAAGUUAGCUUUGAUUGCAGCUGACUAUGCUGUGAGGGGAAAGUCUGAUAAAGAUGUAAAACCAACUGCACUUGCUCAGAAAAUAGAGGAAUAUAGUCAGCAACUUGAAGGACUGACAAAUGAUGUUCACACAUUGGAAGCUUAUGGUGUAGACAGUUUAAAAACAAGAUACCCUGAUUUGCUUCCCUUUCCUCAGAUCCCAAAUGACAGGUUCACUUCUGAGGUUGCUAUGAGGGUGAUGGAAUGUACUGCCUGUAUCAUAAUAAAACUUGAAAAUUUUAUACAACAAAAAGUGUGAAGAUAUUUAACGAAAAAAAGGUAGAUCUUGAAUGUGUUGUAGCACGAAUAAAUUGCUGUACUUCAUUAAGCUUCAUUGCCAAUUAGCUAGGAAUUGUUAAGCACAUUGCAGAUUGUUCUUGGAGAAUUCUGGAGUUGUUAUGAACAUGAAUACCAACGGAAAACCUUAACUGAAUCUAAAAGAAAACUAUUUUGAAGAUGGUGGUGAGCUGCAAAAUAGCUGGAUGGAUUUGAAUGAUUGGGAUGAUACAUCAUUGAACUGCACUUUAUAUAACCAAAGCUUAGCAGUUUGUUAGAUAAGAGUCUAUGUAUGUCUCUGGUUAGGAUGAAGUUAAUUUUACGUUUUUAACAUGGUAUUUUUGAAGGAGCUAAUGAAACACUGGACAUAUCAUUGGUUUAAACAUAAGGGGAAUUAAGUCUUUGUAGUUUGUCAUUUUUUUAAGUGGAUCCUCUUGGAUGCGUUAUUUUCUUAUCAGCUGGCUCUGAUCAUGAAUUUGUUGUAAUUUUAUGUUGUACUCAGUGCAUUUAAGAAAUGGUAGAGUAUUUUAAUCCUAUUACUUGACUAAGAGUGUGAAGGUAGUACUUUUUAGAGUGCACUGAGUGCACUUUACAUCUUUAUUUAAAUUUUUUUUAACAUCUUAUGUUUACAGGCUUCCUGUUUGAUGAAGAUAGCAACGGAAAACUCAAAAUGGUGGCAGUUCUUAUUACCAGAUGUUAGUAUUGUUUCUGGAAACUGCUUGCCAAGACAACAUUAACUGUUAGAACACUUGCUUUAUGUUUGUGUGUACAUAUUUUCCACAAAUGUUAUAAUUUAUAUAGUGUGGUUGAACAGGAUGCAAUCUUGUUGUCUAAAGGUGCUGCAGUUCAAAAAAAAAAAACCUUUUCUUUCAAUAUGGCAUGUAGUGGAGUUUUUUUAACUUUAAAAACAUCAAAAAUUGUUAAAAUCAUUGUGUUAUCUAGUAGUUUAUAAUUAUCGGCUUAUAUUUCCCCAUGAAUGAUCAGAACUGACAUUUAAUUCAUGUUUGUCUCGCCAUGCUUCUUUACUUUAACAUAUUUCUUUUGCAGAAUGUAAAAGGUAAUGAUAAUUAGUUUAUAUAAGUGUACUGGCUGUAAAUGAUGCCAAAUAUACUUUAUGCAAUUAAGGGCUUACAGAACAUGUUGAAACUUUUUUUACUUUUAUUGGGAAUAAGGAAUGUUUGCACCUCCACAUUUUAUUGCUUCUGGAUGUGAAAUCAUGUAAUUAUUUCUGCUGUUAUAUAAAGUGCCAUACUUUUAAUAAAGGAAAAUGUACAUAUGAAAGCA